AUGCUUGCUUAUGUGACGAAAUUUUGGUGGCAUUUGAUUGUACUAGCUCUAGCCGUGUACGUCGGCAUCAAAUACGUAGGCAUUACGCAAACAAAGACUGCAGGGUCAAACUUGGAGGGAAGGAAAACUAAAGAUGUAAAGGAGUUUAUUCUCAAGGAGAAGCGACGACUACUGGAAACGUAUUGCGAAGAAUCAUCAAGUUUAUGCUAUACUGUAGAGGACCAUCCAAUACUGGAGAAUAACGAACUGGUUGUAAAGCGCCUCUUACUCUACAAGGAUUCUGAUCUGUUCUUUGUUUCCACAGUUGAAUUGGAAACACCUAAAGUGCUUACCUGGGACAAUUUCAAUUCUCGUCAAUGGCCUGUUAAUAAGCUGGUAAUUCACAAUGUCUACACGAGACUCAUGAUUGCCAUGGGUUUCGUUAUGGAGGCACUUGAGUUUGAUUCACUGGAAUGGCAAAAUACUCUCAUGAUUGGUCUAGGAGGCGGAACACAGAACAAUUUCCUCUCAGCGGUGGAUUUCAUAAUGGUUAACCUUACAACAGUAGAACUGAAUCCACUCAUGGCCACUAUGGCAGCGGACUGGUUUGGAUUAGAGGAAUCUCGAACAAACAACGUACUCGUUGAAGAUGGAGUAGAUUUCCUCUCUGGAGCUGCUCAACGAGGUUCCUUUUGA